UCAAGAAAGAGACUGCUAGCCUGGAGUGCACUCUGACCUGUCUCGGAUUGCCCCAGAAUCCAUCUUCUCUCAGGAAUAAGACAUAUUAUGAUCAUUAUUAUUUAUGGAAGAUGAUUGAAAGUGAAAAUCUAAACCAAGACGAAGUCAUUAAAGAACUGUGCUUUUGCAAUGGUCUACCUUAUGAGAUGAUUGGACAAAAAGGAUCAGACACCUCAAAAUUGGAGAUGUUUUUCUCAGGGUAUCCCUGUAUAGCUGGAUUAACAUUGUUCCCUAACUUAACAAGUCUUACAAUUGUUGCUCAAGAUAUAAAAGAAAUUUCAGGGUUAGAAACUUGUUCAAAGCUUAAAGAACUUUGGAUUGCUGAGUGCUGCAUAGAGAAAAUUGAAGGUCUUCAAGAAUGUAGAAAUUUGGAAAAACUAUAUUUAUAUUAUAAUAAAAUCUCCAAAAUAGAAAAUAUAGAGAAAUUAACCAAAUUGGAAAUUCUUUGGCUGAACCAUAAUACAAUUAAAAAUAUUGAGGGCUUGUACUCUUUGAAGAAUUUAAGUGAUCUCAACCUUGCUGGGAAUCUAAUAAGCAGCAUUGGUCGAUGUCUUGACCCCAAUGAGAAACUGGAAAAACUAAAUCUUUCUGGUAACCAGAUAAGUUCCUUUAAGGACCUCACAAACUUGACCAGGCUGCCUCACUUGAAGGAUUUGUGUCUGAAUGAUCCUCAGUAUAAAACCAAUCCAGUGUGCCAGCUGUGUAAUUAUUCCACGCACAUAUUAUAUCACUUGCCUAGUCUUCAAAGACUUGACACCUUCGAUGUGUCAGCAAAACAAAUCAAGGAAUUAGCUGAUACUACAGCAAUGAAAAAAAUAAUGUAUUACAAUAUGAGAAUAAAAACUGUUCAGAGGCAACUCAAUGAGGACCUUGAAAAACUGAAUGAUAGAAAAUGCAAAUUGCAGAAAUUGCCGGAAGAAAGAAUAAAAUUACUCAGCUUUGCAAAAAAAACUCUGGAACGAGAACUGGCUGAGCUCCGGGGGUCUGGCAAAGGCUCUAGUGAUAAAUCCCCUAACAGUAAAGCAGCUGAACCUGAAGCACCAAAGGAAAAUGAGCCUGCCACAGAAGACACAAGCCUUCAACAGAAGUUAUUAGCCAAGUUAAAUGCCUUGAAUGAAAGGGUAACAUUCUGGAACAAAAAACUAGAUGAAAUUGAAACAAUUUAUCGUAAUGAAGUAAAACAAAAGAAGAAAAGUCAUGGGUUACUGAUCCCAUUUUUGCUAAUUGAAUUGGAAACUGUGGGAAAUAUCCAUUUUGAAGAAGGCACUCGAUCUAAUGAUUGGUUUAAUUCUUGCUACGAACUGAUUUUAUCACGUUUCUGUACAUGGGACUUCAGAACAUAUGGUAUUACAGGAGUAAAAGUAAAGCGGGUGAUUAAAGUUAACAACCGUAUUCUGAGACUGAAAUUUGAAGAGAAAUUUCAAAAUUUUCUGGAUCGUGAAGAUAUACAUAACUCAGAGAACUAUCGAAAGAUGCUGGAAUGCCUUUUUUAUGUUUUUGAUCCAGAAGUUACAGUGAAGAAAAAGCAACUGCUCCAGAUACUUGAAAAAGGAUUCAAGGAUAGUGAAACAAGCAAGCUGCCACCCACAAAAGAAGCUGUUGUUCUUGCUAAUAGCCUAAGUAUAUGUGAAUGUCCCCGAAUCGAGUUUCUACAGAAGAAGUACAAGGAUGACAAGAAAAACCCAGUUGAACAUGAGCUCUUCAGACAUGGGCUCCUCCUCAUUACAAAGGCUUUUCUUGGUCAGACUGUUCAGGCUCGUGAACAAGACUCCGUCACUUCAGCCAACUAUCCUCUGGUUAAUUCAGUGUUCAUCCCUCGGAAGUAUAUUCUAAAUUCUGUCUCAGGACAAAGAAAUUGUGAUUGUGGCUUUCGACAGUACAAAUGGUUUGUCUUUGAUCAUGAACUCGUUUUGCCAGAAUACAUCGUUGAAUUUGAGUAUAUUACAAUGGCCAGGCCUCAUUCUUUAUUUUCUUCAUUCAACAAUGUUAUUCUAGAAGAAAGCAAGAAACUUUCAGAAGGAUCAGAAUUGUCCCAAGAUUUGAAAUUUGAUGAUGAAAUUAUGAAAAUGGAACCCAGGAUUAAGCCCCGAUCAAAACUUAUUACUUUGGAUGAUAAAACAAUAAUAUCUCUUGCCAAGACUAACAUUUACAGUCAUAUUGUGAGCCUAAAUCUACAUGGAAACAGUCUGAGUAAAUUGAGAGAUCUCGCCAAGUUAACAUGGCUUCGAAAACUGAACAUUAGCUUUAAUGAGUUUACUUGUUUGGAUGAUGUAUACCACUUGAGUAACCUUGAAUAUUUGGAUGCAAGCCACAAUCAUGUGAUAACCCUCGAGGGAUUUAGAGGUCUAAUGAAACUGAAGCACUUAGACUUGAGCUGGAACCAACUGAAAAAAUCUGGUGAUGAAAUUAAUGUGUUGUGCAAACACACCACAAGCCUUCUCACUCUUAAUAUUCAACACAAUCCAUGGCAAAAGCCAGCUACAUUGAGGUUGAGUGUUAUUGGCAGAUUAAAAACUCUUAAACAUUUAGAUGGACUCUCCAUUUCUGAAGAAGAAACAACAGUGGCUAUGAAAUUUAUCGCUGGAACAAAGAUUAGUCAGUUAUCUCUCUUGCAGCAUUCUAGUUCUAAAGAGGAGAGACCACGCAUACUUAGUAUAUGGCCUACUGCCAAAAUUCUGACACAGACUUCAAAGUUAGGACCAUAUUUACAUCUAAGUGGAAACUGGCACCUAAAGAUAACUGCCUUAAAUUUAGAUGGACAACAUCUCUUUGAAAUCACCAAUUUAGAAAAAUUGGAAAAUUUGAAAUGGGCAUCAUUCAGCAAUAAUAAUCUCACUAAAAUAGAAGGCUUGGAAUCCUGUGUUAACUUGGAAGAGCUCACAUUAGAUGGAAACUGCAUCUCAAAGAUAGAAGGCAUUUCCAAGCUAACUAAAUUAACCCGUCUCAGCCUAAAUAAUAAUCUCCUCACUGGCCUGGAAAAACAUACAUUUGAAAACAUGCUUCAUCUUCACUUCCUUUCUCUUGAGAACAACAGAAUCACUUCACUGAGUGGUUUACAAAAAACUUUUACACUGAUUGAAUUAUACAUAAGCAAUAACUAUAUUGCUCUCAAUCAAGAGAUCUACAAUCUAAAGACUUUAUGCAACUUGGUCAUCCUAGACUUGUAUGGAAACAUUAUUAUAUGGAAUCAAGAAAACUACCGGUUGUUUGUAAUAUUUCAUCUUCCAGAACUGAAAGCUUUGGAUGGAAUCUCAAUUGAACCACCAGAGACUGAAAGUGCCAAGGAUUUGUUUGGUGGCAGACUCACCUCAGACAUGAUUGCAGAACGACAAGGACAUUCAAACUUUACCCAGAUGCAAGAACUAAACUGGACUUCAUCAUCUAUCAGAACUGUCGAUUUGAUUCCAGUUGACCAGUUUCUAAAUGUGUUUAAUGUGAAUCUUCAGAACAAUAAUCUGACCUCAUUUAGUGGACUCAUCUAUCUUCCUAAUAUACAGGUCUUAUGUCUCAACUAUAACCAUAUUGAAUCAAUCCUACCUAGAGGAAAGUCUCAGGCUCACUUAACCAACAGACAACUGCUCUACCAGAAAGUGCCUUCAAGUGGCUAUGGGCAGCAAGGACCUUCAAAAACAAAUAGAGAUACAGUGACCAGUGAAAAUUUGCCUCCCAUAAUGCAAAGUUUAGAGGUUCUUCAUUUGGGAUACAAUGGAAUUAGUAAUUUAGUCCAGCUACAACUUAACAGAUUAGUAAACUUAAAAUUCCUCUUCUUACAGGGGAAUGAAAUCUGCCAGCUUGAAGGGCUCGACAGCCUGGUGCUCCUUCAGGAGUUGGUAGUUGACCACAACCGCAUCCGAACAUUUAAUGAAACUGCUUUUGCCAAGCCAAGCGCUCUGCUGGCACUUCACCUAGAGGAAAACAGGAUCCGAGAGCUGAGCAAACUGCAAUCUUUAGUAAAACUAGAGAAACUCUUCCUAGGAUAUAAUAAAAUCCAGGAUAUUGCAGAACUGGAAAAACUUGACGUUAUCUCUUCUCUCAGAGAGCUUACAGUUUAUGGCAAUCCAAUUUGUAGAAAAGUUCUACACCGCCAUGUGCUCAUCUUUCGCCUACCUAACUUACAGAUGUUAGAUGGAAUUCCAAUAACCUCAGAUGACAGGGCAAAAGCUGAAUUCCACUUCUCUGAAUUCCAGGCAAGGAAAAAUUCGCUAAUUCCAUUCACCAGCUCUCCUAUGGAUGGACCAUUUUGCCAAGUGAAAGCAUCUCCUAUUAAAAUAACAAAUGUAAUACUACCUGGUGGAUUUAGCCAUUACUUGGGACAUGAUUUCGCCUUAACUCCUGAAGUUGAAGACAAUAAAAACAAGAACACAGGGAUUCUGACAAGUAAUCCUCGAAGCAUUCAUGCAGAAAUCGCUUUUCAACAACUCAGAGGAAUGACUCUGUCUCCGUCUCUUUUAUCACAUCAGAAUGUUGUACCUCCAACGACACACAUAUACCAGAGCAACCAAGAUGAAGGAAGAGUUCCUGGGAGCAACUUUUCAAGAUCAAAUCGAAUGUAACUGCUUCAAGAGAAAUGAAUCAUACCAGGAAACCUCUUUCGUGUAGCGGUUGUAGAAAAACUAGCAGACAGUGGCCAGUUGGGGGGAAAAGCUAAUAAUCAUGUUACUUAUGUUACUGAGGCACUUCAGUUCCAUAUGAAGAUAAUCUAUCACCCUUGAAGAAUUUAAGAUCACCUCUCUUAAACUUUCCUUAUGGUUACCUAAAUUAUUUGCUUCAAUUUCUGCAUUAUAAAAAAAAUCAUGAACUACUUU